AUGGUGGGGGGCCAAGGUCCUACUAUCCUGCUCUGCCUACCCUUCCUCCUGCUCCUGGCACCCUACAGUGCUGAGGAGAGCCCCCCUCUUCCUCGGCGCAGGUUUGAGUACAAGCUCAGCUUCAAAGGCCCAAGGCUGGCAUGGCCGGGGGCUGGAAUACCCUUCUGGAGCCAUCAUGGAGAUGCCAUCCCAGGCCUGGAGGAGGUGCGGCUGGCUCCAUCCCUGAGGAACCGCAGUGGUGCUGUGUGGAGCAGAGCUUUGGUCCUCUUCCCGGCCUGGGAGGUGGAAAUGCAGAUUCGGGUGACCGGGCCAGGCCACCGGGGCAUGCAGGGCAUGGUCAUGUGGUACACCCAGGACAGGGGGCUCAUCGGCUCUGUACCCAGGCAGCUGGCCUCGAGGGACGGUGUGGGGAUCUUCUUCAACUCUUCAGCCCAGGACACCCAGAACAGCCCUGCCAUCCAUGUGCUGGCUGGUGCCGGCCACAGCUCCCAGGAGCACCUUGGGAAUAGAGGCAUCCGGGUGCUGGGCUCCUGUCAUCGGGACUUCCGGAAUCAGCCAUAUCCGUUCAGAGCACGGAUCACCUACUGGCGACAGAGGCUGCGAGUAUCACUGAGCAGCGGCCUUACCCCUAGUGAUCCAGAAGAGGUCUGUGUCGAUGUGGGACCCCUGCUUUUGGCCCCCGGAGGUUCCUUUGGGAUCUCAGCAGCUACCAGCACACUGGCAGAUGACCAUGAUGUCCUGUCCUUCCUGACCUUCAGUCUGAGUGAGCCUGGUCCAGAGGCUCCCCCAGGGCCCUUCCUGGAGAUGGAGCAACUCCGCCUGGCCAGGCAGCAGGAAGGGCUUCGGGCAAGGUUGGCCCUGGGAACCAGGAAGAGCACACAUCCACAGCCAAAAUCCGGAUCCCAGGAAGGAGGGGAAAGGCCCUUUGACCUGCAGGUGAUGCUGAGCAGACACAGCCACAUCCUGCAGAGCCUCCGGGAUCUCUCUGAGCGCCUGGCCCAGGCCAAGAAGCAAUGGAAGAAGCAGCUGGGGAAUACAGGCUGGGCCAGGUCUGAGGCGGGAUGGGACCCCGCCAAAGUCAGCACCCUGAUUGGUGAACAGCGAACUCUGCUUCAAGCCCUGCAAGAGAUGAGGGAUGUCGCUGCCCACAUGGCCUCAGAAGCCCAGGUCAUCUCUCUGCCUGUGGGCACUGAGCAUCACUUCCUGGAGCUGGACCAGAUCCUGAACUUCCUGCAUAAAGACCUUCAGGGCCUAGGGAAAGCAGCAGCCAAGGGCCACCGGCUACCUGGCUGGUGCCCAGGGACCCCAGCGUGCCUGCGGCCUGGGGUCUUCCUGCUCUUCCUCCUCAUCCAGACCGCAGGCCUCUUCUACUACGUGAACUUCAGCAGACAGGAGCUGGACAAGAGACUUCAGAAGUGCUGGUCCUUGGGGAGCCUCCCUCUAGAUCCUGCACCAGACGUUCCCAGGGUGGUGGGGUCCCCAAGGAGGCAGCUCUUCUCCCCCAGCAUGCAUGCCUGAUCCACAUCCAAGCCACUUCUUGUGAGGAAGCACAUGGCAUCCAGGGUGUGAACAGCAUGGUCCGAGUCCUCUUCCCCUGGGUGCCCAGCUAUGGCCCACACCUGACAUUUACAAGGCCCACCUUAUUAAAGUCCACUUCCUUGUCCCCACGCUUUGUUCAUUUACCUUCCAGCUCCUCUGGAUAGGGAGUGGCCAGGUGGGCUCCAAAUACAGAGAAGCCAAGGUCUUGCUUAACUACCAGAAGAACAUAUACCGAUAGCCUGGAAGGAGGGCAUCUCAGCCUUGGGUUGCCCUGUCCCCAGACUUGCCCAGCACAACCGGAGAUGUCCCUACUGGCCCAGCCCUGCCAAAAUCCCCAAACCAUUCUCCUUCCCCCUCCACACAGUUCCAGCGACAGCAGGGCAGGCACGUGACAGUGGAACUCUAGAAACAACUCCUGAGCCAUAACUGGGAUUCCUGCUCCCCGCUCCCGGGCUCCCUCCCUUUAUCUCCUCAAGCUCUUUGGGUAGUUGCUGGGGUCAGCAUUUGCGGGGUGAAGUGGAGAUUAGGGUGGGUCUCUGCCCUUGCUGCUGUCCCCAUCCCGCAGCUGGAAUCCCCGAGUGACCCAGGAGUGGAGGGAUUGGAGGAGGGGAGGGAGGAGGAGAGGAAGGCAGGGUUCCCCCGGGGAGCGACCCCACCACCGAAGGCCCUAAUCCGCUGCCAGUGCGGCCGGGAGCUCAGCGUGGACCAAGGCACUUGGGGAGUGCUAGC